AUGGGGGGCAGAUCCGAUUCCAAGGCCGCUUACUUCGAUAAGCUCAAGGCCCUUCUUGACACCUACAAGACCGCCUUCAUUGUUGGUAUUGACAAUGUCGCUUCCCAGCAGAUGCACGAGAUCCGUAUCUCGCUGCGUGGCGAGGGUGUCGUCCUGAUGGGAAAGAACACCAUGGUUCGCCGUGCCCUCAAGGGUUUCGUUACUGAGAACCCCGAGUACGAGCGUCUGCUGCCCUUCGUCCGCGGCAACGUUGGUUUCAUCUUCACCAACGGUGACAUGAAGGCUAUCAAGGAGAAGAUCCUUGCUAACCGUGUCGCUGCUCCCGCUCGUGCCGGUGCUGUUGCCCCCAACGACGUCUGGGUCCCUGCCGGUAACACUGGUAUGGAGCCCGGUAAGACCUCGUUCUUCCAGGCUCUUGGUGUCCCCACCAAGAUUGCUCGUGGUACCAUCGAGAUUGUUUCCGACCUCAAGCUCAUUGAGGGUGGCAACAAGGUCGGUGCCUCCGAGGCCUCCCUGCUGAACUUGCUGAACAUCUCUCCCUUCACCUACGGUAUGACCAUUGCCCAGGUGUACGAUGCCGGUCAGACCUUCAGCGCCGAUGUCCUCGACAUUGAUGACGAGACUCUCCUGAAGACCUUCUCCCAGGCCAUUCAGACCGUCACCGCCAUCUCUCUGGCUGCCAACUUCCCCACCGUCCCUGCUACCAUGCACUCCCUCAUCAACGCCUACAAGAAGGUUCUUGCUGUCGCCAUCUCCACCGACUACAGCUGGGAGGGUAUUGAGGAGCUCAAGGACCGCAUCGCUAACCCCGAUGCUUACGCCUCCGCUGCUCCCGCUGCCGCUGCUGCCACUUCCGGUGGUGGUGAUGCCCCCGCCAAGGAGGAGGCCGCCGCUGACGAGGAGGAGUCCGAUGACGACAUGGGCUUCGGUCUCUUCGACUAA